AUGACCUCGCUAGCAGUGCCGAAGCCUAGGCGAGCUUUCCAGAUUGGCCUGCCCCCAACUAGAGCAAAGAGCCCUCUCAGAACCAGAAGUCCGAGUAGGCGACAGCCAUGGAAGAAAUUGCUAUACUUAAACCAGCCGUAUCCCGACAACUAUACCAAUGAGUCUUUCCUAUCUCAGUUGAAGCGAAACACUACUGUCGUGAAGUACUCGUACUUGAAGCUUCUUGACGACUUUUCAUUAAUAGCUCAGCAUUUAUCGAACCUAUUUCUUGUGAUUUUGGUAUUUAUAGGUAUCUAUUAUCAGAAUUGGAAUCCCGUAACCCCCAUAGUGUACUCAAGUAUACUAACGAUUUUUGGAUUUAUGGUGUGGGAUGCUAAUCGAAAGGACGACCAACAACACCAUGUCCAGAGAGAAGUAGAAGAGAUCUCUUCUUCUACGACGACUUACCUGUUAAAAACACAGAGAUCCAAAAUAAAGUCCUCGAUCAUCUUAUUGUUCAUACUAUUAAUUUUAUCCCCAGUGCUAAAGUCGUUAACAAAAUCUACAGCAUCAGAUUCUAUCUGGGCUAUUUCAUUUUGUCUUUGCAUAGCAAACACUCUUUUCCAUGAAUAUGCUAUGGCGUCUGAUCUAGCCAAUUGCAGGCCUAUAAUAUCGACUAACAUAUCAUUUCUGAGUGCAAUUGUAUUGGCAUCUCGACUCAGCACAAACAUAUCUGUAUUCUGCUUUGUCCUCUUCGCCAUUCAAGCCAAUAUAUUGCUUCCCGUCUUUGAUGUUCACUUGAGACAAUUUUAUCCCAAGGCUUACCAUAGAUCCCUUUUUGUGGCAACUUCGAUAGUGGUUAGUAUCAUGGUUGCGUUUAUUCUUAACAUUAAAAUCUUGUUGAUCUGGGUGAUGGGCCAAGUUGGCAUAGUAUUUGUACUACCACUGUACUUCCUAUUCUUACAGAAGUAUAAGAAUGAAUUACAGGGGCCUUGGGAUCCUGCAAAGCCAAUCAUCAAAACUACGUGA